AUGCAUAGCCCAGACAAACCACCUCAUGACCGUCGUCACUCGCAGCAGGCACCAAGUGACUCAGACUACGCGGCGACUGAGCCCACAGCGAUUGCAACGCUGGCGGACGACGACAUCCUAUCAGAGGCAGAGGCAGCCAGGCUGAUUCGGAAAAUCGACUGGCACGUCCUACCAAUGCUAUUUUUGAUCUACGUUGUGGCGUUUCUCGACCGGUCCAAUGUUUCCAACGCACUCACCAUGAGCAUGCCAAAGGAACUCGGCUUGACAGAUCAGCAGCCCAACAUCUCACUGGCUGUCUUCUUCGUUCCCUACAUUGUAUUCGAGAUACCCUCAAACCUCUUGAUGAAGAAGCUCUCUCCGCAUGUGUGGCUCUCCCUCUGCGUGCUCGGCUUUGGCGUCACUGAAUUGUGUCAGGGGUUUAUUCAGGACUAUAGUGGUCUGCUUGCAACCCGUUUUUUCCUGGGCUUCUUUGAGGCGGGCAUUUUCCCGGGCAGUUUCUACCUCAUCAGCUUCUGGUACAAGCGGGAUGAAUCUCAGAAGAGGUUCACAGUGUACUUUUGCUCCGUCAUCCUUGCCUCGGCAUUCGGCGGACUGCUGGCAUCAGCAAUUGCGAAUAUGGAUGGCGUCCGUGGCAAAAGCAACUGGCGGUGGAUUUUCAUUUUGGAAGGCAUUCUCACCGUCCUGGUCGCCGCCGUGUCCUUCUUCUGCGUCAGUGAUUUCCCCAACGAGGCCUCCUGGCUUUCCGAGAGGGAGAAACAGGCGGUGCUGAGGAGGACGCGCGCAGAGGACGCCCAGCUGGAGGGAAAGAUUACCCGGCGGGAUGUCUUCAACUUCUUCACUGACCCCAAAAACUACCUGGGCGCCAUCAUGUAUUUCUUCCCCGUCUAUGCAUUCGCCUACUUCACGCCAACCAUCGUCAAGUCGCUCGGAUACGACGUACUGCAGACGCAGCUCCGCUCUGUGCCUCCGUUUGCAGCCGCGUUCGGACUCUGCCUCGUCCUGGCCUACUUGUCGGACCGGACAGAUCUGCGUGUGCCCUACGUGCUCGUCUCGGGCGCCAUUCUCAUCACGGGACUCGCCAUCCUGCUCACCAUACACGCCAACUUUUCGCUGCAGUAUGCAGGGAUCUGCUUGGUCUGUAUGGGCGCCUUGGGCGCCGGCCCGAGUGUCAUCUGCUGGUACCUCAUGAACCUGACGGGGCACAAGGAGCGAAGCAUCGGCUCUGCAUGGAUGAUUAGUUUCGGUAACACGGGUGGCAUAUUGGCCCCAUUCGCUUUCCUACCGCACGAUGCUCCAUACUACCGCCUCGGGUACUCGCUGUGCAUGGCAAUCACCGUGUUGGGGAUCGUUGCCACUGGCUGUUAUGCCUUGCUUGUUCUCAGGGAGAGGCGCAGGCUGAGCAGAGACGGUGGAACCAACAAGGCCCAUGUCCCGUCGCUGUGA